AUGAAAGUAGGUGAGGGAAAUAAGAAAGUUGUUGAGGGCACAUCAAAGGAAGCAAGUGAGGGAAAGAUGAAAGUUGUUGACAUCACAUCAAAAGAAGCAAGUGAGGGAAAGAUGAGAGUUGUUGAGGGCACAUCAAAAGAACCAACAGAGGGAAAGAUGAAAGAUUUUGAGGGAACAUCAAAAGAAGAAGGUAAGAUGAUAGAUGUUGAUCAGCCAAUUAAUCCUUUAAAGAGAAUGAAGUUGAUGUCAAGGAGGGGAGGUAAAAUCAAAUAUGUAGGUAGAAAAGGGGUUGUACAUGGUAGUUUAAGUCAAAUUGUGGCAGGUGUUGAUGAAGUUGUACUUACCUGCCAUGAAAAGUUUGACCAGGAAUAUUUUGAAACUAUUAAAGAUUUACAAGCAUCCGGAUAUGAUCAUGGGGAGAUUGCUGAAGCUUUUAAUAAGUUGACAAAAGAGAGGAAGGAGAUGUUGGUAUAG